AUGUCAAACGAAGUUGAAUCUUCUGCAGCGGAACCUCCGGCACCCGACGAGGCCACUAAUGUUGCUGGACACCGAUAUAUUUUAAUAAACAAUAUUCUUUGCAGAACUGAAACAUCGGAUGGAAGUUUCCGACCAUCUGAUGUUUUUGUUGGUUUGGAUCCACCUCCAAGGGGGACCGCGACCCUUGGCAGUGCUGCAGAGGAUAACUGCAACCAUCUUAGCGUUGGCGAAUUUGAUCCCACAGCUUAUGUGGACUCCAUCUCAAAGGAUUGCUCUAUUUUCAACGUGUUUGGCGUGAUGUCUGGUGGUGUCCUCGUGGACAGUGAAAGUCGCGGGUUUAUUGACUUUACUGACGACAUGAUUUUCCGUCCCCCUCUUCCACCACCUGUUGAGGGAAAUGACACCCACAAUGAAGGUUCGAGAGAUGGACAAAUUCGUGCCGAUGGAGUUGUUUCACUCGUGUCUUCCAUAUUCCCAUUUAACGGGUUGGGGACAGUCGACACACCGCUUCCGUGGCCGCGUUCACUGCCGCGUCUGAGGUCUCAACGCAUAUCGUACCGUCUUGCAGCGAAGACGGUGCAUCGGAUGUUGAGUCGCUGCGUUGGAAAUGUGAAAUGCAAUAAGGCGGUAUUGGUGGUUCUCGAAUCGUAUCGCAUCCACAGGAAACUGCAUUCUCCACAGCUAACUUUUCUACCCAAUGAGAUUCCAUUUAGGUUCCAGUGGCAUGGAAUGACUUUUCGCGUUAAGGAUGGCGGUGCACCUAAAAGAUUUGAUGCGAACGGAAAUAGAACCCAUGAAUACCGCAGUCCAAUUGGCCGCAUAAAUCACAUGAUGGAUGGAAAGACGGGCUCUGCUUAUUCAUCAUUUCACGCCUUCACUGGUCUUCCUAAGAUGGCCUUCAGGCGAUACCGAGAGUCUGCCCGGCGUGAAAGUAGGCAUCGGUUAGAGAAUCUAGCGGAUGGAUACUCGCGGCGAUUGGAAAUGCGCAUCCAAAAUAUCGUCCACCCCAUACGAGAGGAGAUGCACAUCGAUGAAAACAUUGAGGUGGUGUUCAGACGGAGAAGUGGUGUCCAUCUCUGGAGUGCCUUUCAGCGGUAUUUCACCAUUCUGGGAGUUAGUCGCUGCACGUCAUGCAAUACGCCAAAUUGCAAUGCAUGGUACCUGGAUAAUGAUGAUAAAGUGGACUACCCAUCUGCUCUCCGCAAACUUGAGGAGGAUCUGAAGUACCGCAGAACCUUCAACUUGUCUUCCAGUAUCCUUGCUGAUUCGUGGGAUUGGCUUCUCGCUAAAGAACGGGGUCCACUUACUGAACGCAUUAGAAAAAUCAUUAAAUACGCCAGGCAGAUUGAUGCGGAAAAUAAAAGAGAAGUUAUCAAUACAGAUAAGGAUCUAAGAUAA